CGCCCUCACGUGACGCUGCCGGUUGCAAUUUUAUCCCGUCAGCUGACUGGGAGCGAUCCCCGGAGAGGGGCCGCCGCUCCUACAAAAACAGGGAAGGCGGGCGGCAAGGGCCGCGUGUGGCCUCUCGUCCGCGGCUCCCUCUGCGUCCCACAGACACCGCAGCGCCAGCAUGGCGCCCCGCAGCCUCCUCCUCCUGCUGCUGCUCACGCUGGCCGGGCCCUGCGCGGCCCUCAUCAGGAUCCCUCUGACCAAGUUCCCUUCCAUGCGGCGGGUCCUGAACGAGGUGAACAGUGAGAUCCCGGACAUGAAUGCUCUGACCCAGCUCCUCAAGUUCAAGCUUGGCUUCAGUGAGGUGGCUGAGCCCACUCCAGAGAUCCUGAAGAACUACAUGGAUGCCCAGUAUUAUGGUGAGAUCGGCAUCGGAACCCCACCACAAAAGUUCACUGUGGUCUUUGACACUGGCUCCUCCAACCUCUGGGUGCCAUCUGUGCACUGUCACCUGCUGGACAUCGCCUGUUUGCUGCACCACAAGUACGAUGCCUCUAAAUCCAGCACCUAUGUGGAGAACGGCACCGAGUUUGCCAUCCACUAUGGGACAGGGAGCCUCUCUGGGUUCCUCAGCCAGGACACUGUCACGCUUGGCAACUUGAAAAUCAAGAACCAGAUCUUUGGAGAAGCUGUGAAACAGCCAGGCAUCACAUUCAUUGCAGCCAAGUUUGACGGAAUCCUGGGCAUGGCAUUCCCAAGGAUCUCUGUGGACAAGGUCACCCCUUUCUUCGAUAACAUCAUGGAACAGAAGCUGAUUGAGAAAAACAUCUUCUCUUUCUACCUAAACAGAGAUCCUGCUGCUCAGCCUGGUGGCGAGCUGCUCCUGGGGGGCACCGACCCCAAGUAUUACAGUGGCGACUUCAGCUGGGUCAAUGUCACACGCAAGGCUUACUGGCAGGUCCACAUGGAUGCGGUGGAUGUUGCCAAUGGGCUGACCCUGUGCAAAGGGGGCUGCGAGGCCAUCGUGGACACAGGAACUUCACUCAUCACUGGCCCCACUAAGGAAGUGAAGGAGCUGCAGACAGCCAUUGGUGCAAAACCACUCAUCAAAGGCCAGUAUGUGAUUCCCUGUGAUAAAGUGUCAUCUCUGCCUGUCAUCACACUAACGCUAGGAGGGAAGCCCUACCAGCUCACUGGAGAGCAGUAUGUCUUCAAGGUUUCUGUACAAGGAGAGACCAUCUGCCUGAGCGGCUUUUCAGGCCUGGACGUCCCACCCCCUGGGGGCCCACUCUGGAUCCUGGGAGAUGUCUUCAUCGGUCCCUACUACACUGUAUUUGACCGUGAUAAUGACUCUGUUGGCUUUGCCAAAUGUGCCUAAACGCCUGACCCGCCUCCCACUGCCUCUGCCACACACACACUUCCACACAUGCACAGGAGCCAUGGAGAAAGAUUACCAGGAUUAGAAAUCCAGGGAGUGGAAAGAAAAAAAAAAAGAA